CCCCCUAUCCACUCUAAUUUUUUUUCGAGUAAUUUUGGAGUGCUGGUACCAAAUCAAAACAUGAGUUCCUCCGUGACAGAGUUGAAAGGGGGGCUAAUAUAUAAUAAACAGUUAUGGGCUGUCACCGGCGGCACCUUCCUAGGCACCAGUGUAGAAGCAGCUCGUAAACAGCUUCAAAAGGCAAAGUCCCAAAUACUUGCUGGUGUGAGUCAUUAUCGCCCGUUCAGUGAAGAAUCAGAGAAAAAACUUAAAUGUCUUGAUGGCAAAACGCUUUCGUUUGUUGUCAACAUAGCACGACAAAUGGAUCUUGAUGCUCUACAAGCAUGGGAUUUAAUGGUCUUUUACCUUGAACAUGAGUUUCGUGGAAGUGAAGACAAUUUGGAGUCAUUUCUUGAAAGUGAUGUCCGGAAAGAGCAACUUGUUAAAGACAUAUGCAUGUUUUAUUGGAGUGAGCGUGCAUUCCUCUUGAAGUGUGUUGGCAUAUACCUUGCAUACUGGCAAGACAAAGAACACCCAUUUUCAGAAGUGUUUACCGAAUUACUUUCGGAUCUAACUCCUAGCGCUAUAUUUGCAUCCCUUUUAAAGCAACUGAAACUUCUUACUGAGCAAAAAGCUCCAUCUUCUGUACCUAGCAUUGGUAGCAACAGCAAGACAAGUGUCUAUAGUACAACAUCAGAUCAAUGGAUGUCCAUAUAUCUUCAAGAACACUUGUCUGUUAUUCACAAUUUGACUUUAUUUGUUGAUGGCUACCAAUGUCACUGGGAGAAUGUUAUUGACACAUUAAAGUUAUGCAAGCAUCCCCUGUCUUAUCGACAUAAACUGAAAAGGCAACACCUACCUUUGCUUCAUAGCAUCACUUAUAGUCAAGCUGUAUUACUUUUAAGAAUGAUUGAUGUUUCUGAUCUAGGGUUUGCUAAAACACUUUGGCUUGAGGAUGGCUUAAAACUUCAUGCUAGUCUGGAUGCUGAGAUGCUAGAAUUGUACAAAAAAGAAGAACAUGCUCCCUUGCUACUGACCUGGAUGCUAUUUAAUUUUCUUGGACCAUUAGAAGAGGAUUUUCCUAAGUAUAGGAAGUUUGGUUUUCUUGCCACCAAACUUAGUGUGUUUCAGUACUUAGAGCAAUUACUGAAUGAGCCCAUGUUUAAAUCUGAAGUCACAAAAAUUUCUGAAAUAGCCUAUGCAACUGUCUACAAGUUAAUUGACUGUUUAACAUCCAAUUUUGAACCGAAUAAACUUCAACCGCGAGAGCAUCUGUUAUCUCUGUGUGCAACUCUGCUGAAACAAACAUCAACUGCUGAAUUGUUUUGGGAAUCAGAUACUGAUUCUGGAAUACACCUAGUAUUGGAUGUUGCCCUCCGACGUUUUCCACUUGACUUUGAGCCACUUACUAGGAUUGUCACAUCUUUGGCUUCUGCCAGCCCAAGGAGUUGCGAGGAGGUUCUUAAAAUGGUAUCUGAACUCUCUUACCUGCUGGAACCUUUAGUUCCAGCUUUGAUACAACUUCUGAACCACAAUUCUGAGUCAAACAGUGUUACUUUGAGUAGACCUCACAGACCACUCCCUCAUGUUGAGUCUCUUGUUUUACAACAAGGCACAUUGGGUAAUCUAGUGGACAGGAACCCUCAUUCUGUUUGUUGGAAUGUGACAUACAGCUUUUGGUUAGCAGUUCACAGUGCAGAGGCUUCCUUCUUAAAUCAGAUCAGCGAGAGCACUGGUGGGGUUGUUGAUACCAAUAUUGUGGCUCGUGCCCUUACUUCCGUUCAGUGUAUUGCUGCAUGUUUGGAGUCAGGCGAAAUUUUACCUGUGGAACCUGCCAUGGUUUUACCAAUUGAAAUGGUUUUUACAAUCAUGGAGAGAUUCCUCCUGGUGUCAAAUCCCAAAUCAGCCAUGAUGGCUGCCUGUCUGGAAGUGGCGGCUAGUCUUGUCACUGAGUUUCCCAGUGAUGUGACAAACAAACUGAGAGCUUUAGAUUUCCUCCCAACAACACAGCCUGAUGAAGGGACAGUUAUGACUUAUGCCAGUUUUGCCCAAGGUCAUUUUUUUAAUGCUGGUGUCUUUGGAAGAAUUGUUGUCAAUGAAGAGCGCCCAAUGGGUUCAUUCCCCCUUAUAAAGGCUUAUCUGGGCUUUCUGCGCAAACUGAUUGCAACAGGAUGCCAUGAGAAAGAACAGCAGUCUGUGGCUCUGUCUGGUUUAGUGUAUGUUAUACUUGAGAUAUUUCCUCGCUGCUAUGAUUGGGGAUUUGCGGCAUUAUCAGAAAGAACUCAACUAAGCCACCUCUGUCUUGAACUAUUCCAUCAUCUUAUAAGCCCUGCUGCUCUCAGUAAUACUGAAACCAGUAGCACUUCCUCCUUUGAGCGAUUACUUGCUCAAACCUGUUUGUAUGCCUUGUUGUACACUGAUAAUGGGCACACUUUGCUGAGGAUCUGUGCCACUGGAGAAGCUGAACUAAAAGCUCAGAUGCUUAAGCAGUCUAGUUGGUUAAAAGGUGCAGGUGUGGAAUUAGUAGACCUAGUCCGUCUUGCUCUUUCCAUCUUGAUCCGAGUCUUAAUGCUCAAAGACUCUGUAAAACUAGGAAAAGAUCUGUCCCCCACAGAGCAGCUCAUCUAUGCAUCUCCAAAUGCAAAGAAUUCUCUUCAAGUGGUUCCCAACAUAGCCUAUUAUGUCUACCAUUGCUUCAAUCCUAAUGUGCCAAUAUUAGCUGUAAAAGUGUUGAAGCGAAUAGCAUUGGAAGUUCCAAUGACUCUUAGAGCAUGCCUUGCCAUGGACGGAGAUGUGAUUAGAGAGGCAUUUGUUGCAAAACUUGACUCGGCACACCAAUCAAUGCAACUGAAGGUGGCCAUUCUUGAAUUGAUCACAGCAUGCAUCCAUACUCAGCCAGGGGCAACAGAAGCCUUUUUCAACAUUCAUCAUCCGGAAGAAAGCAAGCGCCUUUUCAGCAAAGAUAAGUCACCGAAUGAAGACCCAAGUGGUUGCCUGACUUAUGCCUGCAAGCUUCUUGCAGAAGCCAAAGACGAGCCAGAGCGCACAAGAUCAAUGUUGUAUGGUGCAGUUGUGGAGCUUUUACAUGCAUUGUGGAUGCACCACCAAAAAAUUCUAUUGAGUUAUCUCCGUGAGAAAAAGGAUUUCUGGGUUGAACUGUGUGCUCCACUGUUUUUGUCUCCUAAUCACAAAGUUAAAGGAUAUGCCCAAGUUCUGAAUAUUUUGUCAUCAGAAAUGUAUACCUUUGGCACUGGUGUUCACAAGCAACUGAUGGAACAGUUACAAAAAUUGUUUUCUGACAAGAAUUCCUACCUUGUGAAUUGGUCUAAAUUCAUUACACAUUCUCUUUGUGUUGAUAGUGGCUUAAUGCAUAACACUACAAGUUCUACUUCCCUUGCUGAAGACUCUCCUAAGCCACUCUAUGAAGAUGAGGUACGAGAACGUCUUGCUUUGAUGACUGCAUGGAAAGACCUUCUAUUGGUAGCUCUUGGUGAAUUGUGCAAUGUGCCAGAAUUAUCUCUAUCUGAGAAACAGCAGUCUGCUCUUGCAAGUCAUGUGCUUGCUGCCUUGGAGCAGGAAGCAACAUUAGAUGCUCCAUCAUCUAACAAGCAGUCAUUGAGACCUGCUGCUGUUACAAUGUUAGCAGAGCUGUUGCUUAUUUUACAAGCCAAAUGGAAGAGCUCCUGUUUUGCUGACUCUGAAACUGCAGUUACCCAACUACAGACAAUCUUGCUGCGAUUUUCCUAUGAUUAUCAUGGUUUACCCCCACGAACAAGAACAGCUCUUUUGAGUAGUGCUAUUUAUUCAGUUCAGCUCUUGCAAUCCAGUCUGUGUAGAAAUGAAGUGGCAAUGGAAAUUCUUGUAAAAGCUACUAUCACUAUGGUAUCACAUGAGCUGCAAGCCAUUAGUAUUUCUAAAGGAAAUGAAAAUGAGAGACCAAGCAAACUAAGUGUGGCUCUUUUGCAAGUGUUAUGUGAAGCGAUUUCUGAGGCGCCUCCAGGACCAUGGACAGAGCUGUUAAGUCAAAGCAAAAUUGUGUGUCGAGUGACAGUAACAUUGAGUGAGGUUUUGUGCUCUCAAACCAACUUACAAUUUGCCCAGGGUGCAUUUUAUUUCUUGCUGUCGUUAGCGGGAUCUGACCGUAAUGCAGCGUUAUUGAAUCUUACAUUUGUCCAAGACCAACUGUGGCUACAGCUCACUCCACGGGAAAUAUCUCAGCAAUCUAGCCAACCUUUCCAGUCUCCAGAAUCUUGGGUUAACUCUCCCUGGUCCUCUGUCUUCUGUGUUGGUGUUGAGUUUGUUUGUGCUCUCUUGAAGCACCAUGAAGUGAAAGCCUUGGAGACAGCUGUAAAUUUCUGUGCUGUUCAAGAAUCAGCAUUGUUAGACUGCCUUCUACUGGCAAGGCAUACGUUAGAGCCCAGCACCUUAGCUCUUACUGAAAAGGCUUUAAAUCUUCUGGUACUCUUAGUCCAGCACUCAAACCAAUGGAGACUUCAAGCAUUCCGUGCUUUCUGUAACUUGGUUCGUGGCGUCAGUAUGUGUUUGGAUAUUAGUGUUGGGUUACUAACUCGACCCAAUCUUAUUUCGUCAAUGGCUGAAGGAUCCAAGCCCUUAUCUGCAUUACAUGGUGAAAACAGUGACUCAAUUCAAAUCACUCCCAAAGUUUCAUCUGCAUCCAACAAAUUGAUGAACAUUGUGGUUCUUAGUAGCACAUUUCUUUUAAACCUCUCUCCUGGAGUAGCAACUUUAUUGUGUGACCGUGAACUUGACAUUGAGGCUUGGACGCCACUAGUGGGGCUAAACUGGUCAGCUCCAGCUCAGCCAGGGCAGAGACAGAACUCACAUUGCCUCACUCUAGGAACGCUGUUGGCUGCUGUCAAUGUUUUCUCUUUUGCAGCAACUGUUCAUAAAACUGGCACUCUUGCAAAUCGUCACGGAAGAUCUCCCCUGACCCGUGCUUUGAGAGCUGCAUCAUCACCAGUGCGCUUCACAAGCUCUGGUUCUGGAACACCUGAGGAAGCAAGGGAGGCAGCAGGAAUCACAGCCUGGACCAAGUCCUUAGAUUUUGAUAGAGCACAGUUGGGCCUUCAAACUUCUCUGGCAUUGUUGGCAUCUCAAAGCCUACUGUUGCUUCGUGCAAGAGACCCGAGAGACCAGUCUUUACUCCGUAGGGAACUUUCUACUGAAAUGAGCCAGUAUGUUGAAUUGAUGCGUCGCACUUUUGGAGAUCAAUUUGACUCAGCACGGGAUCCUCCAGAAAGAUACCUUCCAACAAUAGAUGAGAGGGCUGAGCCAGCUAGACCGGCUGUUGUAAGAAGUCUUCUGCUUGGUGAAGAUAACAGUGGGGCAACCUCCUCCUCUUCCUCUUCCAAAGAAACAAGAAAACAGACAUCUCAUGCUGUACAGAAUGUGAUAUAUGCUUGCUCUGAUAGUGAAUUUUUGAAACUUAUGGCUCAUAUUUUCCAAAAAGUUUUUCGAGAGUGAAUUUUAUUUUGAUUAAUGUUGAAUGAUGAACUUUAUUAUCAAUGUAUUAUAUCUUUUUUAAAACUCA